CAACUGCCGGUUCUCGGCAGUACUUUCCUCACGAUCUGACAGCGUGAGGAAAGUGCAGCUGAGAACCGGCAAUUGCAUUUCCCGGUGAUUAGCGCGUCAUUGGACACGGCUGAUCACGUGUUGUCAGAGCAGGGAUCAGCACCGAUCAUCAGGGUACUGAUGAUCAGUGCCCUGAUUAUCGGUGCCCAGCAGUGCCACCCACCAGUUCCACCCACCUGUGCCCAGCAGUGCACCCUCCUGUGCCACCCAGCAGUGCCACACACCUGUGCCCACCAGUGCCCAUCAGUGCAGCCCAGCAGUGCUGCCAAUUAGUGCCACCAGUCAGUG